UAUGUUCACUCCUCCAAGUCGAGAGAGUUCCCUUUCAAAAUAGCUAUGAUUCACGAAGAAUGACUGAAAUCUAGGUGUUAUUUAUUGGAUUAUUACUUCAAAUUAACGAUGGGGCUAUUGACAAUUCUGAAGAAAAUGAAGCAGAAAGAAAAAGAAGUUCGUCUGCUUAUGCUAGGUUUGGACAAUGCUGGGAAGACAACCAUCUUGAAGAAAUUCAACGGUGAAGACAUUGACACAAUAUCUCCAACACUUGGCUUCAAUAUCAAGACAUUGGAACAUAGAGGGUUUAAACUAAAUGUCUGGGAUGUGGGCGGACAGAAAUCAUUACGCUCGUACUGGCGGAACUACUUUGAGAGCACUGAUGGCCUGAUCUGGGUGGUAGACAGUGCAGACAGGAUGAGACUUCAGGAUUGUAAGCAGGAGCUGCAGGCACUGCUCCUCGAGGAGAGACUAGCUGGAGCAACACUUUUGGUGUUUGCAAACAAGCAGGACUUGCCUGGUGCACUGACAUCAGAUGAAAUCCGGAAGGCUCUGGAGCUGGACAACAUCAAGACGCAUCACUGGCUGAUCCAAGACUGCAGUGCUGUGACUGGUCAACACCUGCUGGAAGGAAUCGACUGGGUCAUCGAUGACAUUGCCUCGCGGAUCUUCACCAUGGACUGACACAGCUUCUGUGACAGAUACACUGACACUAUUUGAACAGAGUGGUCCGCAGACUUGCUUAGAUGGCAAGAUAGGCUGGACACCAAGGGAGACAUGUUGAUCAGGAUGCUAUGUGAUUCAUGCAGGCUGAUGCUGGAGUUUAUGAUUCAUUGGUUAUUAACGCUGCAGUUAUGUCCAUCAUGUUAGUUGUCCAUCAUUGAAAUAUGCCUGUGGGGUCCAUGGGCGUCUU